CUCCAGGAAUCCCUGGCUACUCCAGUGGUGGAUCAGCCAGGAGUUCCCCUGGAGCGCCAGGUCCACCUGGACCUCCCGGCCGCGAUGGGGCACCUGGGUCUGGGUCUGGAACACCGGACGUCCGCCAAUACAUCACAGAAUACCUCAAGAGCGAUGGUGUCAGGGAGUACAUGUCGGGACCUCCGGGUCCUCCGGGUGUACCGGGGCCCCCUGGUGGUGGAUCACUGGAGUCCGUGGACGACCUUGCUAGUCGCGUCAUCGCAUACAUCCAGAGUGGAGGUAUUGCUAGUGAGGUGCCUGGACCUCCAGGCCCGCCUGGCGCUCCCGGUGGAGGCAGCACAUCGCUAAAUGACAUCAUCAGCCUUCUACAGAGGGAGGAAGUGCGACGCUACGUCAUCGGUCCUCCUGGCCCUGCUGGACCUCCUGGCAUCCCAGGGAUCCCAUGGAGAGGAGGCUAUGGCUUUAAUACUCAUGAGGUGGCUGGACGAGUCCUCAAUCUAAUGAAUGAGCAGGGUAUGGUGGGCAUGCUCGGACCCCCUGGACCUCCCGGCCCACCAGGCCUACCUGGGUCCUACAGUGACAUCUUUUAUCUUCUGCAAAAUACUGAAUACAGAGGCGUCUUGGGCGCUCAGGGGCCUCCUGGUCCACCUGGUGUCCCAGGCCCUGCCGGUCCUUCAGGACAGGCCCCCUACAGCAGCUCUGGAUACAGGCUGGAGGAGGUCAAGGACUACAUACAGAGUGAUGGUAUAAGAGGGGGAAUGUUUGGGCUUCCAGGCCCCCCAGGUCCCCCUGGAUCCCAGGGACACAAGGGAGAGCAGGGUAGCUCUAGGUACGGCCACGCCUUCGACCACAGGACCAGCGAGGGAAGAAGGCUGGCUGAGACUGAGACAGACUACUCCAAUAUAGCGGUCCGAGUGACUGACUACAUCAAGUACCAUGGUCUGUUGAGGGACGUUGUUGAGAACCGGUCUCAGCUGGAGAAGUCACAGGUUGUUCAAGGACCCCCAGGACCCCCUGGCCCUCCCGGGGCGCCAGGAUUCAGCCGUGUGUUUGGUUCCCAUAGUAAUGCCACUGACCUUGUGGAAUACAUCAGAGCCCAUGGAAACACUGUGGGACCCCCUGGAAGGCCAGGACAGAAAGGGGACAUACAGGUCACAAAGGCGAGAGAGGAGAACACACACUCGUGACACACAGAAGGAGGAGGAAUGUUGGUGUUUGAGAUGAUAUGAUUGUUAAAUACCCAUUAAAAAGGUGAAUGAAAGUCCGAUGAAAUAUGUCAUGACUCAUGAGCAUACAUGUCUGGGGGCCUAAUGCCUUGGAGACAUUACCGAUGUGAAUAUAUUAUUUUCUAUAGGAGAAACUGUUAAACAGGACAGUAUUCCAUGCGCUGAUGUGUUGUGUCCAAGACGUCUUUACAAUCUAUUUUUUUCCUAGUGUUUGAUCUGGAGUAGGUUUCUAAUUCACCUCCUUGCAUGUUGAUAGCAAGAAUAGUUCAAAUAGGGGUGUGCUAUUUUUAUUCAAUAGCUAUUGUACUUGAGGAAAAACACAUUUCGUAUCCAACAAAACUCAAACCAUUAUCAAAAUCUUCUUUGAAUGUACUGGUAUCACUUUCUAAAAAUAAAGCUUGGUUUAUUUAAUCAAAGUGGAACUUAAGGUUCACAUUGUCGCUAUAGACUCACUGAGGAAACAAAACAGGUACACGAUAUUGUAUACAGGAAAUUGUUUAUUUACAGAUCAAUGUAAAUCUACAGUACACAGUCAUUCUAUAAACUAUAAAGUACAUUUUUUUUAAUGGUAGUUCAAUUUCAAACAACAUUCUGAAAUCAAUCAUGAUACAAUUUGAAAAUCAGAAGGAAAUCAUGACACUAAUAACAACACAUAUUGACAUGAUUGGUAUUUAAUUAUAUUUUCAAUUCAGUUUAAAUUUCAGAUUAGAAUUUAACUAUUUGACAAUUGAGGAAACUACAAUACUGUAGCGUAAAGAUACAUUUCCACAUAAAUAACUACUGGCAGAGUAUCUUCAUUUUGUGUAAGGUGCACAGCACUCCUUCAUUGUGUAUGAUGUUUUGUUGUUGUUUGCCACUAUUACAGACCAAUUAUAAAAUGGCAUCGACUGAUUGUUGUUCCUGCAGCCAAUCAAAAAAGGGUGAGAUAACACAUGGACCAAUCAGAAGCCAUGAUGGCCUAAACCAGUCAGGUCCAACAGUUCCUUAACAAAUUAUUUUCAACUGUAUUGAAGGUUAUAGGCUACCACCACUUUAGAGAAGAUCAUGCAAAUCUAUCAUAAAAUAAGCUAAAACUAUAGUUCGGAAAAUGUUAUCAAAACUGUUCAACUCAUGAUAACGUCAUAUUCAUUAUCCUUAGAUUAAAUAAGUAACGGACAAAACAUUUGACUAUGAUACAGUAGGCUAUACGAAUAUAAAGAUCACUUGGGGCGCUACUUGAACUAAGUCUGAUUAAAAUAACUACACAGAGGGCCACAACAUGAAUACCGUAUCUUCAUACAUUUUGUUGAAAACAUUAAGGCUAUUAGCUAGUAUGAAUGAUAAUAAAACAGUAUCAUAGUUUCCUUACAAAACAAACCCAAAAGCCAUGCAGGUCCAACAGAAUAUGGUAAUGGGAGGCAAUUUCAUAAACAAUACACAGACAUACCAAACAUUUGCAUGAAAUUCUAACAAAACAGACUAUAGGUCCUCACAGAUUUCUAUCGAAUUAUAUAACGCCGCCAUUUGAGCAACCACAGUGAAAACCGUGUCUCUGUCUGGAUAUAUAAACAAACCCCAUUUUAAUAGCCCCUCCUUGGUAUGCUAAAACAAAAUGGCCACUCGCCGACUACGCCAAAUUACAAAAAGAGAGAAACAAAUCUCAAGAGUUGUGCUGAAGAUGAAAGGCAUGCUCAUGAAACCUGAAGAAAGAUACUAGCCUGGGAAUCUCAAGCGUUUCACAAAUGUUCAAGUAAAACAACAGUGAAAGUAGUGAUUCAGUUUGGAUUCCAGGCUAGAAGAAAGGAACCAUUUCCGACAGAAAAAUAUAAAUCCCAAACUGUUGUUAAUAAGCUCCAAAAAAUAGCAUUUGAUACCAUAAUUAUAACAUAAGAAGUCCAACUUGCAUUGAAAUUCAUGCACAACUUCAGGCAGUCACUCCCUAGUCAAUUGGAAACUAAAUUCAAUAUCUUGUCAAGAUAUGUGUGAUUGCAUAUAAAAUAUAUCAUGCCUUUGUCAAGAUUCAUUAUAAAAAAAUGUGCUUUUCAUCCUUUACCAAAAGUACAUUCUUAUCAGAUCAUUAGCUCUCUCAAACAUCACCAAAGAUAUUGAAUAUAUAAGUUCAUUAUAUUAGACUUCUGGUACAAAAUGUUUCUUCAUCCUUUUUAUUUAGUGCAGGUCUGUCCAACCCUCUUCCUGGAGAUCUACCGUCCUGUGGGUUUUCAGUCCAACCCUAAUUUAACACACCUGAUUCUACUAAUUAGCUGCUCAACAAGACCCUAACAAGCUGAAUCAGGAAGAGGGUUGGGCAGCCCUGAUUUAGUGCAAAUAACUAAUGGGAUAAAAAUCGAGCAGCAAUAGUUUUUUUUUUUUUCCCCAGAGGAAGCUUACAUUUGAAAAGCCAGUCCAUUGAAAUAAAAGUAUACAGGCACUAGAUUCUUCAAGGAAGAAAAAAAAAAGUUCACAAAUGAAAAGGAAUCAGCAAUAAAAAAAAA